CCCGCCCUCGCUUUGCAGCUCAGCCCGGCGCCGGGGAGCAGAGCCUGCUCUCUGCCAACCUGCCGCCGCGGGCGGGUCGCAGCCCUGCUGCUGGGCUCCAACUUUUAUUUCUUGUUCGGGGGGGAGGGGGCGCCUCCUGCCCAGCCACCCACACCCCGUGCUUUGCCGCUGCCGCCGUAUUUUGCAUGGAUGCACCAUGGCUACGCUGGUUUGCAGGGUGCAGUUCUUAGAUGACACCGACCCCUUCAAUAGCACCAACUUCCCCGAGCCCACCCGGCCCCCUCUCUACACCUUCAGGGAGGACAUCGCGCUCGUCACCCAGUUGGCCGGGGUGCACCGCCUGCUCAGAGCCCCGCAUAAGCUUGAUGACUGUACGCUGCAACUGUCUCAUAAUGGUACCUAUCUGGAUUUAGAAUCCACCUUAGCAGAGCAAAGGGAUGAAUUGGAAGGUUUCCAGGAAGAUGCUGG